AUGAUGGACGCAAGCACCACGCCCUGGUGGUCACCCGAGCCCGCGGGACCCAGCCCAGCCAAGCGCCGCCGAUUGGACCAGCCCGGGCCGCCACCGCAGCCGCCCAGCCUGGAAGACCCCUCCAAGGGGACCCCGGCCCACGCCGACGCCCAGGCCGGCCUCACCUCCCUGGUGGUCCUGGCCACCGGCUGCGCCCUGCAGGUACCCCUAGGCCACGUCGAUCUGGUGCUGGAGCCCCCGCCGGCCUCGGUGCUCACGGUGGACCUCCAAGGCCACAGGCUGAUCCUCAUCCCCCAGGACCUCCUGGGCCUCACCCCCCAGGGGCAGCCCGGGGUCUCAUCCGACGACGACGAUGGCGGCGGCCUGCUGCUGGAUUCCUUGCUGGAUGCACGCCCCGAGGACGUCGUGGUCCGGCAGGGACUCUGCUACGAGCCCGUCCCCGAGGUCGCCCGCCAAGAAGAGGCCUAUGCUGAGGAUGCUGAAGAAGACACCGAAGACGAGCCCGACUUCCUGCAGUCGAGUUGGUCCAGUCCCGAGCCUGGAGAUCCCAGCCCACAGCCUAGGGGUUCUUCUGCGGCACCCACCCCGGAUCCAGACAGCCACAGAGCUCAGUCCAUCUUCAACCUGGACAUCCACCUUCUGAGGUCGGUCCCCGGCUCACCGCUGCAGCCGCUGCCUCCGUCUCCCAGCCCGAGUUCGAAUCCCACCGGCAGACCGAGUCUACCCGUGCACCCUGCGCAGCCUCACCGCCCUGCAUCCAAGGCCCGGAGACGCCUGUUCUAA